CCCUUGCCCUAGGCUCCAGAAUCUUGCCCUCAGGUAAGGGGCUGCCUGGCCCUCCAGUCACCACCUCCAGGGACCCAGAGAGAGGAGCCGCGCCAGUCGCUGCGACCAGGAACGUGGGAGGCACAGGAGGAACCACACCAGGAGGAGGGCCAGAGGGCAUCGAGGACCCGUUCUCCACCUCCACCAUCAGGGCAUCCACGCAUUCCCUGGCAGGCAUGGCCUUCAAUACCACCCCGCAAAAGACGUCCAGCUCCCAGGCGGCCCCCGAGAAGGUCGGGGUGCGGGAAUCGGUCAAGCCCCGCGAGAGCCUCCGGGACCUCCUCUACGGUCCGGAGUCCCAGAGGGCCAGUUCCACGCCCACCACGACCCAUCAGGACUCCUUCCAGCCCUGGAACACGGAGCCCCCCGUCUUCUACGGAGAGAAGCCCUCCGAGGCAGGGAAGCUCCUGGCCCCCAACAAGAAUGCGGAACUGGAAGCCACAAGCCAGAAAGACCACUGCAGCACGACGCAAGAGGUGCAGCCCGGCCCCCGAAAGAGCCCGGCAUCUAACCUAGCUUUCCAAGGCGAACACAACAUGUGUACCACCCACCAGCUCUCUUUCCGGCCCCAGACCGUCAGGCCCCACACGCCUCAGCCCCCGAGCUGGGGCCCAAGCGAGAUACUGGGUCCCCGAACCCCUAUGGACUGCAUCACGAUAUACCAGAAAGACUUCCCGGCCUCCAACCGAAAGACAUCCCGGCUGCCACCCCCCAACACCCUCGGUCCUCACUGGGGACACAGGGUGGACUUCCAGACUCCCCGCAAUUUCCGGCCAACCCGGCCAGGUGAGCUGGGGUGCCAGGGGAUGGCUGGGUUUGAAGAGAACGCGGUGACCAAGAGUAGUCUUGGGGCCAAGAUGAAAGAAGGCGUGAUGUCAAGCCAGGUCCGGGCCAAGAUGAAAGAAGGCGUGAUGCCAAGCCAGGCCCCGCAGGUCUGUGUGGGCAGCCAGGGAGAGCAGACCUUCUUCGCCGUGCACAGGAAGAACUACAGGAUGACCCAGCAGCCCUCCAGCUUGAUGCAGGCUUACCUCUCCUGGCAGCAGGAGCAACAGAGAAACCAACUUCCACCGCCCCGGCCUGAGCCACCCCUAGGCGCCUGCCCCCCGGCCCAGCCCGCCACAGGGAGCGAGGGGCGGCCCUGAGUGGGGGGACCGCUCCCCCAACGGGCCCCUUCCUGCCAUUCCAGCUGGGGCGGCUUCCAAUCCAAUUAAAACCCAAGCGCUUGGGAGGUUUCCGGCA